AGUAGUAUUAGUACGGAACGAAAAUGGCGCAUUAUUCGUGAGAAAAGUGCGAGCGACCUCUACUCUUUCCGUUUUUCUUUUCCAUUCUAGGGCUUCACGUCGCACGUGAAGGCUCUUUUCCGGUUUGUCAAAAUGGGUAUCGAUAUUAACCAUAAACAUGAUAGAAAAGUGCGGCGAACGGAACCCAAAUCUGAGGAUGUGUAUUUACGUCUUCUCGUCAAGCUGUACCGCUUCCUGGCGAGAAGGACAAAUUCAAAAUUCAAUAGAAUUAUCCUCAAGCGGCUCUUCAUGAGCAAAAUUCAUCGACCUCCCAUCUCGCUUGCACGCAUUGUGCGAUUCAUGAAGAAACCUGGACGGGAGAACUGCAUCGCGGUAAUUGUUGGUACCGUCACCGAUGAUGCUAGAAUCUUCGAGAUUCCAAAAUUAACGGUGUGUGCUCUGCGUGUUACCACAAGAGCACGGGCACGGAUCUUAAAGGCUGGUGGUGAGAUCAUCACGUUGGAUCAGUUGGCGUUACGUGCCCCAACCGGUAAACAUACGGUCUUGAUGCAGGGCCCGCGCAAGGCUCGUGAGAGCGUGAAACACUUUGGCCCGGCACCAGGUGUACCGCACUCUCACUCGAAGCCGUACGUGCGAUCCAAGGGCCGAAAAUUCGAGAGAGCGAGAGGCCGCAGGCGUAGCUGCGGUUAUAAGAAAUAAAACUUUUCCAACAUACACUUCGAUUGAUGUCUUGUUAAUCAUCUCUUUUUCACAGAGUUAGGUAGCUGAAAAAUAAACAUUGGCUCUUUAUAA